UGGACACUAAAAACUGGAUGGGAGCCUCCCCUUAAAACACAUUCUAUCUUCCCCACAUUUUCCCCAUUUUCUUCAACCGUCUUGACUCUUCAAAACAGUGUAAAUUAAUCAAGCAUGUGCUCCAUUUCUGUCUUGCUAUAAAAAUCCAAUUCCCUCUUCGCCUCCUCUUUCUCUCCGCAACAAGCAAUUCACGGCUCAAUUCCCAAGGAAAAAAAUAUGGGUUCCGCCGGCUGGGCCGUUGUGAUUCUCACCCUUGUACUGUCCAACGCAAUACCCAUUUUCGUAGAUUCCCAAGGGCUUUCCGAAUUCACAGCAAGCUUCCUCAAGUACGCCAAGGAAAAAGAUGUCUUUGAUUGGAUUGUGGGUGUUAGGAGAAAGAUACACGAGAAUCCUGAACUGGGUUAUGAGGAAUUUGAGACCAGCAAGCUUAUCAGAUCAGAGUUGGAUAAGAUGGGUAUUCCUUAUAAGUACCCAGUUGCUGUUACUGGCGUUGUUGGGUUCAUCGGUACAGGAAGGCCCCCUUUUGUUGCGAUUCGGGCUGAUAUGGAUGCUUUAGCUAUGCAGGAAAUGGUGGAAUGGGAGCACAAGAGUAAAAAUCCUGGAAAGAUGCAUGCUUGCGGGCACGAUGGCCAUGUUGCGAUGCUUCUUGGUGCUGCAAAGAUUCUUCAAGAGCAUCAGGAACUCUUACAGGGAACAGUUCUUCUUGUCUUCCAACCGGCAGAGGAAGGAGGUGGAGGGGCAAUGAAAAUGAUCGAUGCUGGAGUACUUGAGAAUGUUGAAGCCAUCUUUGGGCUUCACGUCUAUCAUGACUUGCCCUUAGGUGAAGUAGCCUCCAAACCUGGACCAAUGUUGGCUGGGAGUGGCUUUUUCGAAGCGGUAAUUAGUGGGAAAGGAGGUCAUGCGGCCAUUCCUCAGCACUCAAUUGAUCCAAUUUUAGCAGCUUCAAAUGUGAUUGUCAGCUUACAGCAUCUUGUUUCACGAGAAGCUGAUCCGCUGGACGCUCAGGUGGUAACGGUUGCUAAAUUCCAAGGAGGUGGUGCUUUCAACGUUAUACCAGAUUCUGUCACCAUUGGGGGAACCUUCCGAGCCUUCUCAAAGGAAAGCUUUGAGCAACUCAGGCAGCGAAUUGAAGAGGUAAUAGUUGGGCAAGCCACAGUUCAAAGGUGCAAUGCGACCGUUGACUUCCUUGUAAAAGAAAAACCUUUCUUUCCUGCAACCAUAAACGACAAGGGCUUGCACGAGCACUUUCUAAAAGUCGCAGGGGACAUGCUUGGAAUUCGUAAUAUCAAGGAGAUGCCACCAAUGAUGGGUUCGGAGGAUUUCUCCUUUUACCAAGAGGUAAUACCCGGUUACUUCUUCUUCCUCGGUAUGAAGAGCGAAACAAACGAAAAGCCUGCGUCAGUUCACUCUCCCUACUUCAAAAUAAACGAAGAUUCACUUCCUUAUGGAUCUGCUCUUCACGCAUCAUUAGCUACUGCAUAUCUUCUUGAUCACCAAUCGAGAACUACCCUCAUGAGCGGAAAUCACCAUGAUGAGCUCUGAGGUUGUUUCUUUAUUUUUUGUAAUUAUCAUGGACCUGAAAUUGGUCAGGAUGCUACUGCAAUGCACGGGCACGGUGAUGGCUUCGGCUGUUAGCUCGAUCUUAGAUAGUAUGAUUUUGGGUAACUGUAUAUCAGCAAGAAGUUGCUUCAUGUUCAUUGAAUAAAAACACAGUAUUGUACCUGAUCCGGCUAUUUUUUUUGGGUGGUGUAUACUUGUUUUGUUAUCA